CCAUCGCUUCGAGCUUUCACUACUUUAGAUUAUCCCAUCUCCUUUUAUUUCUAUCGGGUGGCUUGUCAAUGGGGCAAGAAGGGGUGGUUCCUGUGCCCUCGGAAAGGGAGCAUCUGCUUCAUCUCAGACACACCGAAAGAGGGAGAGAAGAAACGACGUCAAUCGUCAUGGUGAAGGGGAAGAGGGUGAUACAGCGGAUAGAGAACGCGGCGAGCCGGCAGGCGACCUUCUCCAAGCGGAGAAACGGGCUGGCGAAGAAGGCCUUGGAGCUUUCCGUGCUCUGUGAUGCCGAGGUCGCCCUCAUCAUCUUCUCUUCUCAGGGAAAACUCCACGACUUCUCCAGCUCCAGUGUGCUUGAAACAAUCAAGCGUUAUAGAGCACAUUCAAGGGAAGACACCAUUAGCAUAUCAAUGGAACAUGACAUCGAGGAACUGAAACAUGAAGAAGCAUGCAUGUCAAAGAAGAUGGAACUUCUGGAAGCUUCAAAACAGAAGCUCUUGGGCAAAAAUCUUGAGUCAUGUUCGUUCGAAGAACUGCAUGAGUUAGAAGGCCAGAUAGAACAAGGCUUACGCGACAUCAGAGUUAGGAAGUAUCAUUUGCUACAAGAGCGGAUAGCACAGCUCAAAGAGAAGGAGUGUUCCUUAAUCAAGGAGAACACACUACUGCGUAACGAGUGUCUGAAGUCCAUGGGACUGCCUCACUCACCAUUUACUGCUUCAAAGGAAGUUCUAUCACACAGCAGACUUGUUCAAGACACCGAUGUAGAGACACAGUUGUGCAUUGGAUGGCCUGGAAGAGGAAGGACCCGUGACAACAGGUGAUUGAUUUCUUGGCAAUCCUCCAAUUUCCGUGGAGAUCAAAGGUACUGUAUGCAGAUUAUUCAAGGGUACAGUCCUAACAUAUGGAUAUCACAGUCGCUUAUUAGCCUUAAUAUUCUCAGUUGAUGAAGACCAUAUUCGCCUUAA